UAGGAAGAAUUUCACGUUAAACAUUGUACGGGAUUGUGUGCCGCGCGACGUUCCGAAUUUGUUGAAAUACAUUUGUCCCGCUGCACCGGCUGGCUCCGCGCCCCGCCAUGGCCUGCCAGGACAACGCCACCGUGGGCGUGGACGACCUCCCCGACGAGCUGCUGGUGCUGGUCUUCAGCAAGCUGGCCGACGGCGCCACACUGUUGGACGUGCUGCCGCUUGUGUGCAAGCGCUGGUGCCGCUUGGCGUGCGACCCGGCCUCCUGGGCGGGGGUGCGGAUUGUUGUCGGCGACCUAGAGGGUCACGAGGCCCGCGUGCUUCUCCACGCACCCGCCGCCAAGACCCUCGAGUUCGGGUUAACAUACUCAAUCUCUGACCACUUUCGGAUGCGGGCGCUGCGGUCUGCCCUGCGCCGCAGCCGCGUCGCGGUCCACGGCACCAUAUCGAUCCCGGAGGAAACCUCCGUGUUCCUGCAGGAGAAGUACUGGGGCGAUCCGGGAAUCUCCAUCGCCAACUUCCUGGCGCGCCAGAAGGACCUGCGCGAGCUGCGGCUGUUCCUCUGGCACAUCGACGAGGACCGCAUCUUGCUCGUCAUCGCGACGCUGCGCCGCUUGCACAAACUUGACUUGGUGACGGUGCAGGAUCUGCAGUACGAGGAUCAGCUAGCCGAAGGGCUGCCUGAGCUUCGAGAGCUGUGGCUCCGCUCGAGUCCCCGCCCACCACGGCACUACUGGUACUACCAGCGAUCCCCCACUGUCGGCCUCCUUGCCGAUUUGGUGCGUGGCGCGAGGGCGCUGCGCGUGCUUCACACCGACGUGCCCCACGGCUGGGACCUAGAAGCGUGCCUGGAGCUGCAUGGCCUACAGCGCCUUACACUAUUCUCUCGGUCGGGAACCUACUACACUCAUGACCAGCUCGACCAGCUCGAGCACCAGCUCGACCAGCUGGUGAGUGAAUUUGCCUCCCAGAUGCCCGACGUCGAUUUGCAGGUGCUCGUCGUCGGAUUGGACCGGAGUGGACUGGCCUGACCGAGUCCGAGAUUUUCAAAUCCACUGGAUCGGACGGAAGACGACUUGGAGUGAUUCGUCCUUCUUGAACUCGUCUGUGUAUCCGCAAUGUGUGAUGGGGGCUCUAGCAAGCUCAAAGAUUAAUUUUUUUAGAGUUGAUUGCAACCUGACCAUUUGUUCAUUUCAAGGUGUUUUUGUAGUGUUUUUGGGAGUACUUAUUUCUACUUUUAGAGCUUACGGUUUCAUUUAAUGUUAUGUACUACCGUCUCAUAUCUUGUAGGAGUGAUCUCAUCAAAUAUGUAUAUGACAUCUCUUGUAGCCUGUGUUCUCUUAUUAAAUUUAUUUUUACACCUGA